AUGUCCAUCGGUCUGUUUCAGUUCCAGUUCUACAUCCCUCCCAUCGAUCUUGAUUUUGAUCGAUUGGGGGCUUUCGCAACGGUAACUGGCAGGCGUUUUGUUCAGCUUUCGGAGGCUCUGCGGUCUCGCCGCUCUCCAUGGGCUGAGGACGUCGCACGCCGAGGUGGCACAUCAAACCAGGCUUUGCAGCCUGUCAGACCUCGCGGUGCACCUCACCCUGGAGAUGCGGGACCAGCAGCAACAACAGGAGGAGGCGCUCAGGGUGCAGUAGCACCUGGCCAUCCAGCAACCACAUCAGGUGGUAAACCCCCAGAAGAAGUUCAAGACAAGAAGCCCAUGAGGCUUAAAGACAGACUGAAACUUGUCUUGAAGAGUGGAGGGGCCAACAAACCUCGAUGUGUUGCUUGCGAUGAGCCAGUCAAGCCAUCCAAGCUGGUUGUCGCCCCGUGUGGGCAUCAGUACUGCCGGCCCUGCACCCGGGAAAUUGUCAACGUCGCCUUCAAGGACAGGAGCAUGUUCCCCCUUCGCUGCUGUGGCCAAGAGAUCCCCGCCAAGCAGGUAGCCCCGGCACUGAACCCCCGGGGUCGACGAGUGUACAUUGCGCGGGCGUUCGAGCACGCCACCCCCCAGGCCGAGCGAUGGUACUGCCCGUCAGCCAACUGCAGGGCCUGGAUCUCUCCCCGGUACAUCAGGUCAGGGGCCAAGUCACAAAAGUGCCCAUAUUGCCGCGCCACGAUCUGCCCGCAAUGCCGGGAUCUGGCACAUGGACAACGGCAAUGCACGCAUGACCCUGGCCUGGGAGAGAUCCUGGACAUGGCCCGCCGUCGGCACUGGCAGCGCUGUUACAACUGCCAUAGCUUGGUCGAGAGGAACCGUGGGUGCCCGCACAUCGUGUGCAAAUGUGGAGCAGAAUUCUGCUACAUGUGUGGCCGACAAUGGGCAACCUGCAGUUGCCGGCCAAGAGACGACGAUGCCCUGAACGACCCCGCGUGGGGAGAAGAGGGCGGUCUCGACCCUGCAGUGGUCGUGGCGGCGAUGCAGCAGGCCGAUGAAGAGAAUGCUGCGGAGGCCGUCCACGCCACUGUCUAG